GGGGGGAACCACAACGCGUGUCCCGUCUCGGUGGCUGCCAUUCGUCCGGAGGAGGAGGAAGGGAACUCGGUCUAAAAACGAAUACCACACCGCGGAAAGAGGCGCUAAAUAUUUUAUCCCCGCGACUAUUUUGGUGCCCCUGUUAUCUCGGACAAUGUGCUUGUUUUAAGAGGAGUUGAAACCCGGGUUGGCAUACCAGAAAGAGGUUUCUUUUUGUCCCUUUUCCGCCGCCCCCCUCCUUCCCUCUCUCACCGGCCCGGGACUCCCAAAUCCUACCGGGCAUCGAGGCUGGCACACGGCGGGGCACCGAGCACUGUCUGCCCGCUGUGACUGCCCUGCUGCCCCGCUGCUCUUUCCCUCCUCUCCCGAGGCGACUACCGGCGAGACAUCUCUAAUCUUUUCACACCCUGUGGUGCUGGGCAGAGCGUUAUGGCUCAGACGCUACAGAUGGCGAUCCCAAACUUUGGCAACAACAUCCUGGAGUGUCUGAACGAGCAGCGGCUGCAGGGCCUCUACUGCGAUGUCUCCGUCGUGGUCAAGGGACACGCCUUCAAGGCCCACCGUGCGGUGCUGGCGGCCAGCAGCUCGUACUUCAGGGACCUGUUCAACGCUGGGGGGAAGAGCUCAGUGGUGGAGCUGCCCCCCGCCGUGCAGCCGCAGAGCUUCCAGCAGAUCCUGGCCUUCUGCUACACGGGACGCCUCAGCAUGAACGUGGGAGACCAGUUCCUGCUCAUGUACACCGCCGGCUUCCUGCAGAUCCAGCAGAUCAUGGAGAAAGGAACAGAGUUCUUUCUCAAGGUCUCCUCUCCAAGCUGUGACUCCCAGGGUCUCCACACCGAGGAGACCGCAACAUCCGAGCCUCAGAGCCCCGUCACUCAGACGAUGGGAGGCAACAGUGUUGCUCCUUCAGCUGGGAGACCCACCUCCUGUUUGACCCCCCUCCCGCUGGUGUCCAAGGUGAAGACAGAACAGAUGGCCUCCACACCGCAGCCCACCCCCCAGCCACAGCAGCAGGAGGGCUCUCCCUACUCGGUGGUGUGCACCCCCGUAGCCAAGCGGCUCUGGGAGGGGGGCAACCGUGACAGCGGAGGGGGGUCAGGAGGGGGCGGGGGAGGCGGCAUGAGGAAGGCCGCUCGCUACUCUUCCUCCUCCUCAUCGUCCUCCUCCUCCAACCACACUACCCAGGAUGCAUCUGGGCGCGGACCUACAGCCAAUGCCGCCAUGAUGGGCGGCGGCGGUGUUGCCACUUCGAUGGGAGGAGCCGUCAUCAACAGUAACCACAACAACCAUAACAACAACAAUAACAACAACGGCGGGACCCCCGAAGGCACGAGCCCCGGCACGCUGAGCAUGUACACCAGCGACUCGCCAAUCAGUUACCACGACGACGAGGAAGAGGACGACGUGGUGGACGAGUGCGCCGAGGAGCAGUACCGGCAGAUCUGCAACAUGUACACCAUGUACAGCAUGCUGAACGCCGGGGCGGCAGUGGUCGGUGAGCGGGUGGAGGCUCUCCCAGACUUGGCCCCGGACUCCGGCGGCGGGCGGGGGGGCAGAGGGGCACGGUCCCGGCAGGAUCUGGCCUCUCUCCCCGCCGAGCUCAUCAGCCAGAUCGGGAACCGCUGCCACCCGAAGAUGUACGAGGAGGGCGACCCGGCAGAGAAGCUGGAGCUGGUGAGCGGCACCUCGGUCUUCAUCUCCCGCGCACAGCUCAUGAACUGCCACGUCAGCGCCGGCACCCGGCACAAGGUGCUGCUGCGGCGCCUGCUGGCCGCCUUCUUCGACAGGAGCACUCUGGCUAACAGCUGUGGAACCGGCAUCCGCUCUUCAACCAACGACCCCAGCCGUAAACCCCUGGACAACAGAGUGCUGCACGCUGUCAAAUUCUACUGCCAGAACUUUGCACCGAGCUUCAAGGAGAGCGAGAUGAACGCCAUCGCGGCCGACAUGUGCACCAACGCCCGGCGCGUCGUCCGCAAGAGCUGGAUCCCCAAGCUGAAGCUGCUGAUGGCCGACAGCGACGCCUACUCCGCCUUCCUGGCCGACAGCGUCAAGAUGGAGGCCGACGCGCUGGGGGCGGAGCAAGGCUUUGACCCCGCCUCCCUGGAAGCGGUCGCUGCGGCGGCGGCUGCAGCCAAUCACAACGAGGUGGGCGGCGGAGCCCCGCAAGCGGACAGCCUGCAGGUGGCGGGAGGAGACGGCAGCACUUUGUUCUGAGUGACAGGCGGACGGACGGACGGAGGGCGGAGUCGUGACGGUCGCCAUAUUUGUUUUUUUGGGGGAUCUACUUCUUCUUCUCCCGGGUCACUUUGUUCUGCUUUCCUUCGUUUGUCUCUCUCUCUACGGCCCAGAAUGCAUCACUUUGGGUUGUCCCCUCCUUCCUUGAGAGAUGGAAAGACUUAGAGAAAGGUGGCAGAGAGAAGAGGUAACCCCCCCCCCCUCCCCCCCUGCCACCUUUCCAGAUUGUUUUUAGCCUUUAUUUUUUUAUGUUUUUAAAAGUGUGUACUGUCCCUGAGGCCCUUUUUCUUACCAU